UUGAACUUGUUCAUAUAAAUCCUGCUUCACCUGGUAUGGGAUUAAUUUUUCCCAGUAUACAUCCCCGGAAACACAGGCAAUGACUUCCAAACUCCCCAGUGAUCGAGUGCCAGCCGACGAUGGCAUCAACCCCCAAAUACGCGAUUCAGAAGACUCGGGAGAGAAAGCAACCCUAAUUGAACAACAGGCCGCGACCGACCGCGAGCUCACCAACCUAGCCCGAACUUGGAGUGAACAAUCCAAGGGAACGCACCAGCCUCUGCCUUGGGCUCGAACUCAGGAUGAGACAAUCGACCCCCAAAGUCCUCGAUUUAACGCCAGAGCUUGGGCCAGAUCCUUUUAUAACCUGCGCUACAAGUCCGACAACGGCGCCCCUUCCCGCGUGGCCGGAGUCGCCAUCAAGAACCUCAGUGUCGUGGGUUACGGCAGUCCGGUCGACUACCAGAUGAGCGUCGGAAACGCAGUCUUGAAAGUGCCUUCCCUUCUUCGACAAUUCUUGGGAGGCAAGAAACAGAAAAUCGAGAUUCUUCGAGAUAUCGAUGGUUUGCUCCUGCCGGGCGAACAACUCUGUGUCUUGGGACCUCCGGGAUCAGGCUGUUCGACUCUGCUCAAAACGAUUGCUCAGGAGACCUACGGUUUUCAGGUCGAUCCAGCCACUUACAUCAACUACCACGGUAUCACUCCGAAACAAAUGUCCAAGAACUUUCGCGGUGAGGCCGUCUAUACUGCCGAGGUAGAUGUGCAUUACCCCCAACUCGUCGUUGGAGACACCCUCUAUUUUGCAGCCCGGGCCCGCGUCCCUCGUGAAAUCCCUGGCGGAAUGAACAGCCAUGACUACGCUAUGCACCUCCGAGACGUGAUCAUGGCGAUGUUUGGCAUCAGCCAUACCGUUAAUACCAAGGUGGGCAACGACUUCGUGCGUGGUGUCAGCGGUGGAGAAAGAAAGCGCGUCACCAUCGCAGAGGCAGCCUUGAGCUAUGCGCCAUUACAGUGUUGGGAUAACAGUACGAGAGGUCUGGACAGUGCAAAUGCUGUGGAGUUCUGUCGGACAUUGCGCACCCAAGGCGAUGUCUUCGGGGUGACCUCUUGUGUUGCCAUUUACCAAGCCCCCCAGGCUGCUUAUGAUCUCUUUGACAAGGUUACCGUCCUUUAUGACGGGAGACAGAUUUAUUUCGGUCCCGCCCAGGAAGCACGGGAGUAUUUCCUGCGAAUGGGGUUUGUCUGCCCCGAUGCACAGACGACUCCCGACUUUUUGACCUCAAUGUCUAGCCCUACCGAACGAAUAAUUCAAGCGGGCUGGGAGAGUUUGGUGCCCCGGACAUCGGAGGACUUCGCCAAGCGAUGGCAAGAAAGCCCUGAGCGCCAACGCCUGUUGCGUCAGAUUGACCAAUACGCCAACGAGCAUCCCUUUAAUGCGUCGGACCUGGACUAUUUCGCGUCGGCUCGAGAAGCAGAGAAGUCUAAGAAACAACGACAACAAUCCCCGUACACUCUCUCUUACGGGGGCCAGAUCCGCAUCUGUUUAUGGAGGGACUUUCAACGAAUCAAGAACGACCCGAGCGUGAUUCUCGCCAUGCUGAUUGGGAACUUUUUUGAAGCUCUGAUCAUUUCGAGUAUCUUCUACAACCUUGCCAAUGAUACAUCGUCUUUCUUCUCCCGUGGAGCUCUUCUUUUUAUGCUGGUCCUUCUGAGCGCCUUUUCCAGCAUGUUAGAGAUCAUCGUCUUGUACGAGAAGAGGCCCAUUGUCGAGAAACACAACCGAUACGCUCUUUACCAUCCCAGUGCUGAGGCAAUAUCAUCGAUGAUAAUGGACAUGCCUUACAAGAUCCUGAACUCCUUGCUGACUAACCUGGUUCUGUAUUUUAUGGGAAACUUGCGACGUGAACCAGGGGCCUUUUUCUUUCUCUAUCUGAUCGCUUUCUCGAUGAUGAUGGCCAUGUCUAUGUUCUUUCGUUUCUUCGCUUCUAUAACUAAGUCGCUCGAACAAGCUCUUGCCCCCUCGUCAAUCAUCCUGCUUGCUCUCGUUCUUUACACAGGAUUUGCGAUCCCAGUGAGCUACAUGCGAGGCUGGGCGUCUUGGAUCCGCUGGCUGAAUCCGGUCUCAUACGGCUUCGAGGCCGUCAUGGUAAAUGAGUUCAAUGGUCGACAAUUUCCAUGUGCCUCGUUCAUUCCGUCCGGGCCUAGUUAUGAAAAUAUAUCGAGCCGGGAGAGGGUGUGUGCCACUGUCGGGGCCACUCCAGGCUCGGAUAUCGUGCAAGGAACAGCAUUUGUAUGCUCAUCGUACGGAUAUGAGAACAGCCAUCGCUGGCGCAACUUCGGUAUUAUUGUUGGACUGACCGUAUUCUUGGCUAUUUGUCACCUGGUCACUUCCGAGCUGGUAUCCGGUCAACGCUCCAAGGGAGAGGUUCUGGUUUUUCGCCGCAACAAGGUACACAAGGCUCUGGCAAGGCGCAAUGCGAACGACGAGGAACAGGCCGCUGGGCGUGUGGUGCAGAGUGAAAAGGCCUCGAGCCAAGGGUCGGAAACCAUUGCGGGAGUUGAGAAACAAUCGUCUAUCUUUCAUUGGGAAGACGUAACUUAUGAUAUCAAGAUCAAGGGCGAACCGCGUCGUAUUUUGGAUCACGUCGAUGGUUGGAUUCGGCCAGGCACACUGACCGCACUUAUGGGCGUGUCCGGUGCUGGAAAAACAACUCUUUUGGACGUAUUGGCGAGUCGCACCACGGUCGGAGUCGUCAGCGGCAACAUGCUGGUUGAUGGACGCUUCAGGGACGAGUCCUUUCAGCGCAAUACCGGUUAUGUGCAACAGCAGGACCUUCAUUUGCAUACUUCCACUGUGAGAGAGGCGCUUGAGUUCAGUGCCUUGCUUCGUCAAUCGCCACAGUACAGCCGUGCCGAGAAGCUGGCCUACGUUGAAACCGUCAUUGAUCUGUUGAAUAUGCGGGAGUAUGCUGAUGCCAUUGUUGGAGUGCCGGGCGAGGGCCUCAAUGUGGAACAGCGAAAGCGACUGACUAUUGGUGUCGAAUUGGCCGCGCGUCCGAAGCUCCUACUUUUCUUAGACGAGCCAACCUCUGGCCUUGACAGUCAAACAAGCUGGUCUAUCUGCAACCUGAUGGAAACCCUGACCAAGAACGGCCAGGCGAUUCUCUGCACCAUCCACCAACCUUCUGCGAUGUUAUUUCAACGCUUUGACCGAUUGCUACUUCUGGCUAAGGGUGGCAAGACUGUCUACUUUGGCGAGGUUGGCGAAGGAUCCCGCGUUCUGAUGGAUUACUUCGUGCGCAAUGGUGGAACCCCCUGUCCUCCGGGCGCCAACCCAGCAGAGCACAUGUUGGAAAUUAUUGGCGCUUCACCGGGGGCUUGGACAGACAUCGACUGGCCGAAUGUAUGGUGGAACAGCCCCGAAUACCAAGAAGUGCAAAUGGAACUCGCCAAACUAAGAGAAUUGAGGAAUAAGCCAUCGUCUCUCUCCGACCCUAAUGACAAGUCAAGCUAUGCCGAGUUUGCCGCGCCAUUUCAUGAGCAGUUGGUCCAGGUCUGCCGUCGUGUGUUUCAGCAAUACUGGCGCUCCCCCUCGUACAUUUAUUCUAAAGUGGUGUUGUCCGUAGGCUGUGCCCUCUUCAUCGGAUUCUCCUUCUUCAAUGCAGAUAACACUAGGCAGGGACUCCAAAACCAGAUGUUUGGGGUCUUUGUUUUCCUCUUCGUUGUGGUCCAGCUUGUCAUGCAGAUUAUCCCAUCCUUUGUCACGCAACGAAAGCUGUACGAAUCCCGCGAACGGCAGUCAAAGACCUACGCCUGGCAAGCCUUCAUUCUCUCUAAUAUCGCAGUGGAAUUCUUCUGGAAUACGAUUAUGGCAAUCUUCUGUUUUGUGGUAUGGUACUAUCCUGUCGGACUGUACCGAAACGCUGAAUAUUCCGACAGCCUCCAUUCCCGGAGUACGCUGACCUUCCUUAUUAUCUGGGCUGUCUUCCUGUUCUCAAGCUCUUUCGCGCAUAUGUUGAUCUCCGGUAUGGAUAGUGAUCAGCUUGCGUCAGCAGUGUCCAACAUUCUCUUCAUCAUGAUGUAUGCGUUCUGUGGUAUUCUCGCCGGUCCUCAGGCCCUUCCUGGGUUCUGGAUUUUUAUGUACCGGGUCAACCCCUUCACCUACCUGGUUUCGUCCUUAUUGUCCACGACCCUGGGCGCAGCUCCUAUGCAUUGCGCAGACAACGAAGUCUUAUCCUUCUUUCCUCCUUCUGGAAGGAGCUGUGGGGAGUACAUGCAAGAAUAUCACUCUGUCAAUGGGGGCUAUGUCCUAAAUCCGGAUGCACAGGGAAAUGUGGAGUGCCGGUUUUGCACCUUGGAGUACACCAACCAAUAUCUCGCAGGUCUCAACAUCAACUUCAGUAACCGGUGGCGGGACUUUGGCCUGCUCUGGGUUUACAUUGUGGUUAACACUCUCGGCGCCAUUGCCUUCUACUGGAUUUUCCGUGUGCCCAGGGCUAGAAAUGCCAAAGAAAGAUGACCAUCUGAAUCCAUUUGCACGUUUGUCGUGACUUGUUUUGAGGACCUGUGACCUGUCUUUCUGAUGCAUUGUCGGCUACUUCGCUCGAAGUGUGGCACUAAGGAACUCUUCGGACAUACUUUGUUGCACAAAAAGCGCCUUUUUUUUGUUUUUCUUUCCCUUGCCAUAUCCCUUGAUUUCCCGCACAGUUUCCCUGGUUACUUAUUGACGCCCUUAUAAAUACCUUCUGUACAGUCCUCACAGAAGCUCCUUAGCCUCGGCCACUUACCUUUCUGUUAUUUCCCUACUUACUCCUCAUGACUUUCCGUCAUUUGAUAUCUGAUUGAAGCGCAAGCCGAUUCGUCGGGCUGUGCUGCUGUGGAUACUGAAUUGGUUGAUAUAUCUCCUCGCACAUAUUAAUGUAACAUAAAGUCUUAUUCGUCCCUCGGGGCCUGCAAUUUACAUCAGUCUG